AUGCGUUCUUCACUCUUGCUCUUGCUUGCUACUGCAGUAGCCAUUCCUAUGGAACAUGUCCAUCAUGCCCAUCAAAGGAGAGAUACCAUUUACGUCACCGACGUGGUGAUGCAGACACAGUUUCAACAGGACAAUGUUCUCUCUCCUUCAACAGACACACAAGAUCCUCAGACUUCUUCCGAGACCUCCCCAGAGUCAGUCGACAGUAUCCUCCAGGACACACAGACCACCCUGGCAACAUCAACAACUUCGUCAGCUGUAGCAGAAUCAACUUGGUCUGUUGAGGAUCAAUCCUCAAUCUCAACAUCUGUAUCUUCUGGAGUUGCUUCCACUUCCUCAUCGACUUCCUCAUCGACUUCCUCAUCGACUUCCUCAUCAGCUUCUUCCUCAUCUGAUAACGGUAUAGGUAUUGCAUACUCCCCAUACACAUCCUCGGGAUCGUGCAAGUCUCUUGAAGAAGUCCAGUCGGACUUUGCCCAACUCCCUUACUUCCCAAUCAUUAGAGUCUAUGCUCCAGACUGUAACGUCAUUUCAAAUUUGCUCUCCACUCUCUCUUCUAACCAGCAGAUCUUUGCCGGUCUCUUCUACAAAGACACCAUUGAAAAGGACAUUGACUCAUUAUACGAGCAAUUGAACGGCGACUGGAACAGAAUCUACACCGUCAAUGUCGGUAACGAAUGGGUCAACUCGGGCACCUACGACGCACAGACGGUUGUCGACACCGUCAAGUCUGCCAGAACUUACUUGCAGAGCAAGGGAUACACGGGUAAAGUUGUCACUGUAGACACUGUACCUGCCUAUGAGAACAACCCUACUCUAUGUGAUGCCUCCGACUAUGCGGCAGUCAACCAACACGCCUUCUGGAAUGGAGACUUGCAGCCAAGUGACUCCGGUAAGUUUAUUCAGGACACAAUCACCCAGAUGGAGAGCUUGUGCGGCAAGGACGUUUUGAUCACAGAGAGCGGCUGGCCGACACAGGGAACAGCAUACGGUACCUGCCAACCGGGCAAGUCAGAACAGGAAACCGCUAUACAGUCCAUAAGAGAUGCGUGUGCAGAUAAGGUGAUCUUCUUUACCGCUUUCAAUGACUUGUGGAAACAGCCUGGCCAGAACGGCGUUGAACCGUACUGGGGUAUCUAUUAA